AUGGGCAAGGUCAAGCGCAAUGCCCGAAAGCACAGCAAUCAUCACGAUAAUCCACCGAUAAACAAGUCCAGGGUGAUCAGAAGGCAGCACAGUCAACAACCCAGAUCCCAGGCGAGCACGCGUGCUGCUCAGCAACCAAGUCCAAAUGGACCGCCGCACGGACGGCUAAAGGUACCUUUUACCGCAUAUGACAACGUGCUACUUGUUGGCGAAGGGGACUUCUCUUUCUCUUUAGCACUAAAACAGCUCCGGAAGGCUAGGCAGAUCACAGCUACGUGCUACGAUUCCAAGGAUGUGCUCGAGAGCAAAUAUCCGAACGUCCAAGAGACCAUAGCACGGCUUGAAUCAGCAGUGAACGACGACGGAGAGAGCUCUAAUGGCAACGAGGCCGAGUGGCAAGGGCUUUCCCCAUCUCCGCCGAGUUCACCUAUGGCAGACGCGGGUCUUGAUGAAGAACAGCCACCAGGGGGUCCCGCUGUCACCGUACUCUACGGAAUUGAUGCUGUCAAGCUUUCUUUUGCACACAAGAAGGCUCUACGGGCAUACACCCCCUUUACGAAGAUUGUCUUCAACUUUCCACACGUUGGAGGCCUCAGUACAGAUGUCAACAGGCAAGUCAGGUACAAUCAAGAACUUCUCGUUGGAUUUUUCAAAGCCGCAAAACCAUUGCUCAGCUCUCCUGAUCGUCCAGCACGAGUGCGAUCGGAUGUGGGGGACGCCGAUGGUGACCAUGAAGAAAUGCUGGACGAAGUAAAGCACCGGAAUCCGGGGGCUGUAAAUGGCCAGAUACUCGUCACGCUGUUUGAGGGCGAGCCGUAUACGCUCUGGAACAUCCGCGACCUAGCCCGUCACUGUGGCUUGAAGGUAGUGGAGAGUUUCAAGUUUCCCUGGUCUGCAUAUGCAGGGUAUCGGCACGCGAGGACUGCUGGGGAAAUCACCACGGGGAAGGACAGGACCGAUGAGGGCAAACGGAAAGGCGCUUGGAGGGGUGAAGAGCGUGAUGCCAGAUGCUACGUGCUAGAGGAUACAGAUGCCCCUGCAAGUCCAGCGCCGAAGAAGAAAAGGAAGCGGAAUGGCGAAAACGAUGACAGUGACUGA